UUCCAUUCCACCUUUCAGCUCGGGGUCUCGGACUCUCUAGAGUAACUACAUCUUCUAUUCUCUUCUCGUUUCCUCAUCUGUCCUCCAUUUUCUUCUUGGGUUAGGGAGAUGGUGAAGUAGAGUACAAGAGAACGAAAUUUGCUAAUCGACCUUCAAUUCUUCGUUUCUUCGUCUCCUUCUCGUUCUUCGUUUCUCCUCUCCUCAUCAGCCAAGGGAUUGCUUCCUCUGCAUUCAGCCAUCCGCAAGACCACGACUUACAAUCAUCUUACCUGUCAGUUGCAGGGGUCUUCGACACUCGAUCGCAUCACAGGUGGUGCACAUGUCUGUUACAUAGUGAAUAUAUGCCUGUACUUUUGCUUAUAGAGAAGUCGUAUUAAACACGUGCCGUAUGUGCUUUAUUGCACCAGAUUUUUGGGAAGUAUUAUUGCCAUCUAGUCCAUUUAAUUGCUGGACACAUCCAUACUGUUUUACGAACUUACUUUGGGGAGGAGCGAAGGUUUGCCAGAAGGCCUGGAAAUACGAUAGUCCUCAUCUCUGGUUUCAUUGAAAAAAGAAGGGGAAAAGAAUCAAAAGAAUGGCAUCUAGAGAUCCAAUUGUUGAUGUAGGAUCUGCGGUGGAAGCAGUUUCUGCGGAUGAUGUUCUGCCUCUUCAUCAGAUUGAGAGCCUGUGCAUGCGUUGUGAAGAGAAUGGAACAACUAGACUUCUAUUGACCAGCAUCCCUCAUUUUAGGGAAAUUGUGGUUAUGGCCUUUGAAUGCCCUCAUUGUGGUGAACGAAACAAUGAAGUACAGUUUGCUGGUGAGCUCCAGCCUCGUGGAUGUUUGUACCGUUUGGAGGUUCCAUCUGGUGAUCAGAAAAUGCUAAACCGUCAAGUGAUAAAAUCUGAUUCUGCUACCAUUAAGAUACCAGAACUGGAUUUUGAGAUUCCUCCUGAAGCUCAACGUGGCAAGUUAUCAACAAUAGAAGGGAUACUACUGCGGGCUGUGGAUGAACUGCAGGCCCUUCAAGAAGAACGCAAGAAAGUGGUUCCUGAGACUGCUGAAGCUUUGGACCAGUUCUUGAUGAAAUUGAAAUCAUAUGUAACAGGAGAUGUACCAUUCACCUUCAUUCUUGAUGAUCCUGCUGGAAACAGCUUCAUUGAGAAUCCUUUUGCUCCAUCUUCAGACCCAUCAUUGACUAUUAAGUUCUAUGAGAGGACUCCCGAGCAACAGGAAGCACUGGGAUUUCUUGUGGAUUCAUCACAAUCGGGAGAACAUGAAACGGAGAGUGCUAUUGAAGCAUUAACUGAUGGAAGAAGAGGUGAUUCUAAUGAAACUAAAGGAGAGCCACAUGGAUCCAUUGGAGCCGUUGCUGGUCAUCGAGCUAUUGCUCAGGGUAAUAGUGAGGAAGUUGCUGCAGCCUUGUUUAGGUACUCUGCUCCAGAAGAGGUGAUGACAUUUCCAUCGACUUGUGGAGCUUGUAGUGUUAGAUGUGAGACUCGGAUGUUUGUCACCAAAAUCCCAUACUUUCAAGAAGUUAUUGUCAUGGCAUCUUCAUGUGAUGCUUGUGGUUAUCGCAGUUCUGAGUUGAAACCUGGUGGUCGAAUUCCUGAGAAGGGCAAGAAAAUAAAAGUGUGUGUGCAGAGUGUUGGUGAUCUAAGCCGAGAUGUAAUAAAGUCAGAUACUGCAAGUGUGAAAAUUCCAGAAAUUGAUUUGGAGCUGGCUAGUGGCACUUUAGGUGGAGUUGUUACAACCAUCGAGGGCUUGAUUACUAAAAUUAGUGGAAGUCUUGAGAGAGUACAUGGAUUCACUUUUGGAGAUAGUCUUGAUGAUCAGAGAAGAAGCAAAUGGCUAGAAUUCAGAGUGAGGUUGAACAAGCUUUUGAGUUUGGAGGAACCUUGGACUUUAAUUAUUGAUGAUGCAUUGGCAAAUUCUUUUGUUGCACCCAUCACUGAUGCCCUUGAGAAUGACCACCAGCUGACAUUUGAAGAAUACGUGAGGUCAUGGGAGCAGAAUGAGGAGCUGGGUCUUAAUGACAUGGAUACCUCUGCAGCUGAUGUUGACGACUCAAUGACGAAUUAAAUAAUGAUCGACAGACUAUUAUACCAGCCCUAUGUGUUCUUCAUAUUAUUUAGGUAUUCCUUUUUCCAAUUUUUCCCUCUUUUCGCUUGUUUGUGUUUCCUUUCCUUAAUGUGGCACCCAAAGUUUUAAUUGCUUUCUAGUGUGAAAUUUUUAUUUUCUGAGGGAUAUGCUGGUCAAACCAUCUUGUAUGAACAAAAAUUUCGAAUUAUAAAGAAUUCUGCAUGGAAAGUGUUUUCCUGGAAAACUGACAUAUGAUCCACAUGUGCAAUAUGAAAGCUAGUAAAAAACCACUUACUGCCUGCCUGUACCAUCGAGGAACCACAAGAAUAAAGAAACAACAUUUAUAUUUGGUA